AGUAUUUUUGAAAAAACAGUUCAAGGGUUUCUUGCAACGGAAGAGUUAUCUUUUUGGAGUUAAAUGGAUUGAACAGAGUUCAAAUACACAUUGUAGAGGCAGGUAACCACUCAAUCAGUUGGAUCCAAAAAUUCAAAAAUUCUGACUCUCUCACACUCUCACCAAAAACUUGACGCAAAGAUUGGAGCUUUCAGCUUGCUAAAUGGCAUGGCCAUCUCUCUCUCCUCCUCUUUCAAAACCUGCAUUCUCUCUCUCUCUCUGUCUCACUCCUCUCCUCCUUUCUCUUCUUCCUCCUCACUACCCCAACUCCCGAUGCCCCAAACUAGCCCUCCCUAGCUCCCGUAACCCUCCACAGGUCCCUCAUCACCACCGCAGCAAAAACUCCACCCUGCUCCUCCACCGGCCACUCCAAUGGCCUCUUCAACUACCUCUACCUCCACUUCUGCCUCUUCCGCCAAAACCCAUUACUGUCUCUCUCCUCCCUCUCUCUCAUCCAGGAUCACUUCUCUCUCGUCACCACAAAGCUCGUCUCUUCCCUCGAUUUGACACCCAGCAUGGCCGCCGUCACCCUCCUCGCACUCGGCAACGGCGCCCCCGACGUCUUCGCGUCGGUUGCGGCGGUCCGGACGGGCCAGUACCGAACUGGGUUCGUCGCAAUUCUGUCCGCCGGCACGUUCGUGUCGGCGUUCGUUGUGGGGUUUGUGGCGAUUUACGCCGCGCCCUUUUCGCUCAAUCCGGUGCCGUUUGUGAGGGACGUGCUGUUUUAUCUGACGGCGGCGCUGUUCUUGUUCUAUGUGUAUCUCAGCGCCGAGAUUUAUCUGUGGCAGGCGGUUGCGUUUGUUGGGUUUUACUUGCUUUUUGUUGGGUUGGUGUUUUGGAUGGAUUUGGGGUUGGGCGGAGGAGGAAAGAAGAGCAGGGUUGAGGUGGGAUUGGUCGGAGAUUGUGAAAUGCAGAGGGGUUUGGUUGUCCCGGAUGCCGGAAUCGGGCAUGUUAAGCGGAGUUUCAGGUUUCGGAGAGCUCUUGGAAUGAUCUCAAAAGCAUGGGAGCUUCCAGUCUCAAUUCUUCUGAAGCUCACAAUUCCUCAAGCUGCACCUUCUGAAUGGAGCAGAUUCUACUCAUCAGCCAAUAUUGCUCUUUGCCCUCUAGCACUUCUAUAUGCUUGCAAUUCGUUCAUACCAUUCCAUCAUCCUGUUGUUUUUCUCCUUUCCGACACCCAUUUGCCUCUAUGGUUUGUAAUCCUCUUGGCAACCUCCUCUCUUGCACUUCUUCAUUAUGCAGUGGAAAAAGAGCCCCCCAAAACUGAGCAACUACCCGUAUUGCUUAUAGCAUUUGUAAUGAGCGUCUUUUGGAUAUCCACUACUGCCGGAGAAUUGCUGAACUGCCUUGCUGCUCUUGGAACACUUCUGGAGUUGCCACCUGCACUUCUGGGGCUCACAGUUCUUGCAUGGGGGAAUUCGGUGGGGGAUCUUGUUGCUGAUGUCACCGUUGCCAAGGCAGGCCACCCUGCAAUGGCCAUGGCUGGGUGUUUUGCUGGGCCAAAGUUUAACAUGCUUGUUGGACUUGGAACAGCUUUGGUUAUACAGACAUACAAUGUUUAUCCCGAGGUGUACGAGCUUCAGUUCCACGUGGGUAUAGUGAUUGCAUUUGUUUUCUUGCUUCUGAGCCUGAUGGGGUCUCUAUUGGUGAUUACAUUCCGGGUGCCUAGGUUCUGGGGUUUCUGCCUAGUUGGUCUCUAUGUUAUUUUUAUGGCAGUUAGUUUGGUAAUCGCCAAGUUUUCAGGGUGAUUCCAAGUUCAUUUAGGUUGGAUCUGCCAUCGGAAAAUCCAAACCAGGGAUGGUAUAGAGCUACAACGUAUCUCAAGCUUGAUCAUGCCAGCUCUAACCCGGAUGGAUUGUGCACAUUAUACAAGCAUCAUUCAUUGACAAUUUAAGAAAGAAUUGACGGAUCAAGAAGGACAUUGCAUAUUGGAAGAAUCAUCCACCCUCUUUCAAGUUUUUACUCCCCGGAUGUAAGUGAUAUGCAGCUUCUAGGUAUUUUUAUUGUUUUCACACCGGAUAGGCAGAUAGAUGAAAUUCUUUGGACUACUAGAAGGGUUGUGCUAUUCACUCACCCAUAUUUACUUCCCACACUCCCUUUUCAUGUUUUAAUACUUUAAUCUUCUAGCGUUUGAUCUUCCAUAUAUGCCCUUGCUGCUUUUUGACCUUUGGAAUUCAGAAUCAUGUUCAUGAAUCAUCUCAACACUUGAUAGCUUGAACUAUAACUUUUACUGCAGAGUGAAAUGCCUCGAGUUCGAAUGCCA